GUUUUACUCGCUCCGUGUCUCGUCAGUACGUCGCGCGACGUUGCGGCGAGAGGAGUGUUCUUGGUGCCCGAAUUUUUCGCGACGUGAGACUUGCGCGCGUUUUCACGAAGUGUGUUCUAUGGAGAGCAGUAAAAUGCCUCGUCUUUGGUGAGCUGGCAUCACCAGCAGAAUCGAAACGGACUGAGCAGGAAAGAAAGACUUGGAAUUUCGAACGGAUUGUCGACUUGGUCGAUCGCGCGAAAUUCGGAUCAAAAUCGAGAUUGACAACCCGUGUCAAAUCGUCUCGCGUUGACUUUGCGUCUCCGUCUUCGACGCGAUAGCGCGAGAACUCGCUCGACAUCACGUCGCCGGUCUCACCGUUCACGACGCACUUCACGCCGUGAGAAACACCGCGCGUUUGCGCGCGCGACAAGUGCACUCAUUUGAAAUUCAAUAUGCAAAUCUGUUCUUCGUGAGCGAUUACGAUGAGAUAACGAUUAAUUGUUUUCGAUCUCACGGAUACUAUUAAUUCGCGUCCGGCUUAACGAAUAGUAAACACGAAAAGACCAAGGGAAACGGAGCGGAGGUAAAAGCGAGAAGGGAACGAAUACGUGCAGUGGACCGGUGAAUGUUCGGUCGUUGCUCGGCAUUUCGUCCGGGCGGAUCGGUAUACGCGCGCGCGAAACUAUGCGACCGAAUUGACGACACGGCGAACAGGGAAGAGAGAGAGUGAGGGAGAAAGAGAGAGAGGGAGGAAGGGAGAGAGAGAGAGCGUGAAUAAGUGAGAAAGGGAGAAAAAGAGAGCGAGUCGCGCGGAGGCAAGUCGCGGGCGAGAACGCCGCGACCGGUUGAAGCCGCGCGAGAAUAUGCGCGAGAGGCGGACUUGAGCGCGCGCGAGCGAGCGGAGCCAUGGAAAACGCAGCAACGGCAACGGCGGCGGAGCAGGAUACCUGCUUCGGGGCGGGCAGCGUGGCCGGAGCCGUGAUCGGGACCUUUCUGACGACGAUUCUCUUGGUCGCCGUUGCCGCGUUUCUCUACAGACAGUGGCGCAAGCGUAAGGCUAAACACUUAGUGCUGGUGACGGAUCCCGAGAUCGUCGAGGAUGCAUACGCCUUCGAUAAUCCUUGCUUCAAGGACGCGACGUCUGCGGUGGUUGGUCGCGUCGUGGAGAGACCAUCAUCGAGCACACCGGUGGAUACGUCCGCGAAGGAUUCCACGCGAUGGUCCACGCCUUGGUCGUCUCUGGGCCUUGGAUCGGCAAUUCGCAGCGAUAAACGCCGAACUCUCGAUGACUCUUGUGUCGGGCCCAAGGCCACCAGGGUCAGCGUGGUCAGCCUGCGCAGUCGUGACUUCACCGGACUGGGCUUUAAUGUGUGCGGUAACAUGAGGGAGGGCAUCUUCGUUAAGGACCUGCUACACCGCGGCCCUGCAUCCGAGUCCGGACGGAUACAUCCUGGCGAUCGCAUCUCCAGCGUAAAAAUCAGCUUCCGUAACAUGGUGUACGAGGACGCGUUGACAAUUCUGAGCUACGCUUCGCCAUACGACGUGGAAUUGGAGGUGGAGAACGGCGGUGGCGGCUCGAAACCAACGACAUUGCUGAAGAAGAGCGUGGGUCCGAGUUCGACGAGGAUCUGCCAUCCACUCUACAGAAGCCAGUCAAUCCCGGAGCUGUCACAGGCGCACAAGAGUAUCGCAAAGCGACUCUUCAUCGCCGACCCAAACGAGUCCGUGGGCUCCAAUUACUCGACGGCAAACUCGAAGUCGUCGUCGAAGUUGACGCCUGGUGGCGGACAGAGCCUCGAAAGGCGUCACGAGGAGACGAAGAACAAUCAUUACAAGUUCGGCAUCAAGGUAUUACCGGCAUUAGACGGCACCGUGCACCGGAUCGAGAAUCAGAACGAGCAUAACACUAAUCUGGAGAGGAGGCACUCGCGCAAACUCGACGCGGAGAAACUGCUGAAUAUAAACCGGCAUUCCGCGACAUCGUGCGACGGCACGACCGACGAGAGAAAGAUGUAUAACGAGCGUCUUCAGCAACGCGCGGAUUGCGAUGCGAAGACCACUGCUGACGUUCGCAGCAUCGACAUGCCGGACAAAGGCGGCAAGAGUGUCGACGAGGGACUCAACAUACCGUCGGAAGUGCCGACGGAGGUGCACAAUGCGGCCAUGGCGGCACGCAGAAACCGCAAGAGCAGUUCGGAGCCACUGACCGCGCACAAGACAAUAUCCGAGUCGGAAGGCGGCAAGAGCCCGCAGAAGAACAAACGUAAGGCACCAGCACCGCCGAAGAGCGCUGGCGACGUUGCGACACCAUCCGCGAGGAAGGACGCCAUUGACACCAUCGACACCAUCGCCGAUUACACGGAGUCGCUGUGCGACUACGUAAACAAGGCGCGCGAGAACACGGAUACCGCCGCCGCUGACGCACGACGACACCGUCUCGAGUGCCAGUCGACGGCGAACAGACGGAACUCCGAGUCGGACACCGACAGCGAGAUGCAGAACAGUUUCACGACGAUCGAGUUGAAUCCGUCGGACAUUACGAUCCACCGCACGCCUGUGCCGGAAACGAACGACGACGGAGACGAAGACGACAUGUACAGGAAGGCAGCCAGCCUGGGGGAUCUGUCCAAGUAUGAGAACAAGACAGCGACGACCUUGGAGAGGGCACAAAGCCUGGAUAUGGGAGCCGAGACGGGCGCGAAAAAACGCAAGGCGCCGUUGCCGCCAGACGACAUCAACGAGUCCACGGAGGACCUCACGAAGCUCGAUCAGAUCGACACCUUUGAUCAACGAAAGCUGAAGAAGUCGAACGAAUGGGGUACUCUAGAAGAUGUGAUCUGGAGCGAGGCUGCUGAUACGGCGGAUGAAAAGACGCGGGGAAAAGCGCGCACGCGAAAGAGAAGCAACGGUACUCUGGAACGUUCCAAAUCUGCAGUGGAGAUUAAGCUGAAGGAGGAAAUCAGCAUAUCGACGAUCACGGCGGCCGACGAUGCGCCUGAGAAGAAAAAGAUGAAAUCAGACGACGAGUCAGACCGCGAAGUCACCACCAGCAUCGAGCUGUACAAUUUGCCUUUAAGCAAGCGAUUAACCGAGGAGUUUAUCCACAACGAACGGAUGUUCAACCCGGACGAGGAUAAUUCUCUGGCCAGGAUCGUGAACGAUGGCAGAGUAGUGAAAAGCCCAACGCCGGAAGAGGUGGAGCUGAACUUCCAGUUGGCCGACGAGAAACGCCAGCAGAAGGCCGAAAACAACGUGGAAAAUUCCACGACGGAGAAGUCAGAAGACUUCAAUCGCGCCUUGCGCUAUUUCGAGCUGCAUGCGAGCGCAUCGCCGACAUCUCCGGAUCCAAAAGUCAAUCUGACGCGGCUGGACGAGUGGAGAGAAGAGAAAGCACCUGCAGUCGACGACACGUCGCUCUAUGCCGGCAAGCAACCAGUCGUGGAAGAACCCAUCUUGAAAGUGACAGUAGAUAGGGGUCACGGUUGCCGCGGUUGCGAGGACAGAUGCAGCCAGCACAGCGCCGACUGCGAGAAGCGAGCUGUCGGAGGGCAACAUCGCGUAACCGCGCGGCCACUCUCGGAAGAUGUGGAGAUAGAACGAACGUCCACGCCGACACACGUGCGAGUUUACACGGCCAAGUCGGAACCGGCUAGGUACAACAAUAAAGAUGCAGAGGAGCUUACAGAGAAGAAGAAUGGUGGUGGUUUCUCCACGUUCCACGCGCACCGGACGAAGUUCGAGCAACGUGCGAUGACAGAGCAGCAACGCGACAAGUACUCACCGAUCAAACUGAAUUCUCCGACCGACUCAUCUGCAUUGGAGACACAUUUUGCCAGGCGCGUCAUCAAUGUUACCAGCCGUGACGAGGAUGACGACGAAGAGGAUGAAUAUGAGUUCGGCUCAAGUGUUAGGGCAAACAGCAAGAGCCCGUCAUCACCCAAGGAAGAUCGUCACAACAUCAGCAGCGUUAGCGUAUCGAGCGGCGAGAACAGUGAAGACAGCGGUCUGGUUCGAGAGUCGAUGGACUACAACUCGCAAGAUCCGCAGGAGAACAAUCGUCCACCGUUGCCCAACACGCCCGUGCCGAACGCCACGCAGAAGAUGACCUACAUCACGGAAAUCAAAGUAUCGCCUAAUCGGGAGGGCGUUCACGGGACCGACAACGAGAACGAGGAAGCGACGACUGGUAGCAAUGGGGAGCCGCGGCAGCUGGCACAACGCGAGAUCAGAGUGACGGCGAAUGGUAGACCUACGUCUGGCAAGAAACCACCGGUACCGCCACGGCGAUCGGAUAUCACAAAGAGUCCGCGGGACGAUCACGCGGACAAGCAGGUAGUCUACGUGUCCGAGUACAAGUCUAGCACCGGCAAGGGUGCCCAGAUCCUGGAUACGCAUUCGCCGGAGGUCAAGCAAUCGGACAACAAGAAGUUCGAGCAGUGGAUUUUUAUGACUGAUAAGGAACAAAAUCGCUGGAGCGCCCCUUCCGCCGGUCAAACCCAGCCCGUAACGAACAUCGUGUUGUCAUCCAGGAACGAUACAAAUUAGCAGAUCCGUGAUCCUAGUUCGCGACUUUUUUGAAAACGCGAAACAAGAAAAGUGAUUGCCAAUUGCUCGUUUUAGAAAGGACAUUUUAUCUCAAAACUAUCGGAAAUUGCUUUCCUUCCCCCCCAAACGAUUUUGCUUAGGAAAACAAAUCGUACAGUUAUGAUACUAACGUUAACGAAUUUUCAUUCCUAAAAAAUAAGAAACUUGAGAUAAAGUCUUUUCUUUUACGAAAAAAGAACCGAUUUAAUUAAAGAUUUCGAAUGAAAACAAGUUAAGUAUCGCAAUAAUGUUGAAAUAUUCUUAUGUGUAUUUUUUUACGGCUGUUAACACCAUUUUAAUUUUACUCUACGAUAUUUAACUUCAGAGUUUUCAUUUCCAAUCUUUAGCUUAACUGCGAUAAACAAUUCAGAUGGAAGGCUACAAUAUUAACUGAAAGAAGAGAAAAGGAAUAUGGUUAACUUUAUGUCACGUAUGUUGAUGCAUUUCUUCAGGUUCAUCAUGUCUUACGACAUGUAUAUAAUAUCCACAAAAUGGUUUAUGAAUGUUUGAGAAAUUUUAUGUUCUAUAUAAGACUUCGUGCAUCUAAUGUUCAAAAAUUAGUCUAAAAAUUAGAAAAGAUUAGUCGCGGACUGGCAUGUGAAACAAUCAGUAAAAGUGCUGAUAAACUACGUGCCAUAAAGAAUAAUUAUGAUAGAGUGGGAUUAUUUGAAGAACAGAACUGAAUUGCAUGUACGCGGAUUUAACUUACGAUUACAUUUAAUUUAAUGUGUUAGGUUCAAUCGAACAACGUGAAUAAAGAAGUUACAAUCCCGAAGAUUGUACAUACUUUCUCCAUGUCGCAACUUUACCGUAUGUAAAUAUAGGUCAGUGUUUUAAGAACGUGACCACUAAAGUAAGCCUAGCAGCAGUUAAUAAAAAAUACAUAAUCUCUUCUUUCGUACGAGUGUACGUAUUUUUCAUUAACAAAGUCUUUAACUUUCCCCAUCGAAUCAAAAUAAUAUUUAACAAGAUAGUUAAAACUCUUUAACUGAUCGAUAAAACGAUAAAACAAUACGUACAAGAAAAUGAAAAGAUGUAAACUUGAAUAUUACUUGCAGCCUGAAAAUAUUUUGUUUUACUUAAAUAGAAAUAUUUAAUAAAAUGUAUACGUCCAAUAUGAAAUGCAAAUAUUUGCGUUAACAAGAUCUGUAAUCAAAUGAUAAACCAUGCGACUAUGUGUACUGUGUAUAUUUAACACAUAAGUGAAGUAAUCUGUAAAGUUGGGAUUAAUGAACUUAAGUAGUGAUUUACUAACAUAAUCUAGUUAUGCAUGCGUAUUAUCGAGAUAUACAAAGAAUGAAUAUAUACUUAAUACGCAGAAUUUUACGUGUAAUUAUUUUGUUUGCUUUAUAUGAAAACGCAUUGUACGCUCAAAAAAAAGUAAACUGCACGCGCACGUAACUUCGGUCUUAAAUACAUAUAAAGAAUGCAUGUAAAGUGUGUAUUAUAGACAUUCCAAUGAUGCAUCAUUGCAUAACUACAUUGCAAACAUUACAUCGUUUCUUUUUAUCGUUAUCCAACUUACCUGAUUUUUAACGUCCUAAAAUAACAGAGGAAUCUCGAAAUAUAUAAACUCAUUAAAAAUACCUUACAUCAGUAUGCUAUAAAUGUUCCAUCGUGUAUGAAUGGAUUAUUAUAUCACAUUAUUUGCGCAAAGCGAAACGUUACUGUUAAAACUGGCUUAAGCAGUUAGUCAUUGCGAGUUUUUCUGUGUGUAUGUUUAUUAAAACAUAAUUUAUUCUCCAAGACUAACAUGUUGGUAACGUACAUUACAUUGUCUAUCGUUUGUUAGUGAGAAUUGUAUAAAUUUUUAAUAAAUAAAAGUGUUAUAUUUUUAGACGUA